AUGGCAUCUCCACAGAAUGUCGAGAUGGAGGCUGCCAAUUUUCUGCAUAAACUUAUUCAAGAUUCUAAAGAUGAGCCAGUAAAGCUGGCUACUAAACUCUAUGUGAUACUUCAACAUAUGAAAUCGAGCGGGAAGGAAAAUUCAAUGCCAUAUCAAGUUAUAUCUAGGGCGAUGGAGACUGUCAUCAACCAACAUGGUCUUGAUAUUGAAGCAUUAAAGUCAUCACGUCUUCCUUUGACCGGCGGUCCUCAAAUAGGAUCUUCUUCACAAGCAGUGGGUAGUGCAAAUGAUUCGAGAGCGGGCUUGGCUGAGAAUGAGGCUUCUAAAAUUGAACCCUUUGCUGCUGGUCGACCACCAAUUGCCCCAACUGGCGGAGCUCCUGAAUAUUAUCAAGGAACUGUAGCUCAGAGGAGUAAUCAAUCCUUUGAUCAAGGAAGUCCAACUAGUUUGGAUUCUAGGUCUGCUAACUCACAGUCACAAGACAGACAGGUGAAUCAAAAGGAUGGUAAGAAAGCUAUCCCAAAAAGAGAGAGGGGAGAUUCAACAUCACCUGGGGAAAUGCAUGUUGACAGUUCUUCUCUAGGAGAACCUCGCAACACUGGUGUUAAUACAAGGAAGGGGAAAAUGACCAAGACCGAACCAUCAGAUGGUAUUCAAGCUAAAAGUGGUGAAAUGACAAACUUCAACAUGGCUCCAAAUAAUACUCAAAUGGAAAAUAUUUCGACUUUUUCUAGUAACAUGAAAACAAUGAUUAGGGCAAACCAAGAAGGUCAUCUUUUAUUGGCAAAGCAAACCGAUUUGACAAAGAUUGGCAAUCCAAUGGCGCGGGCUCCAACUUCAAAGUAUCCAGAAGACGUGGAAGUUUCCUCUGCACAUAUUGCUCCAGGGAAGCAGCAGCAAGGUGCUUAUGCUAGGGUUCAUGGAGGGAUGGCGGUUCCUGCUAAUGUGUCUCCAAUGAACGAACAAGUUAUCUCAAGUUCAACUACUUUAUCUGAUGGACAUCAAAUAUCUCAGACUGGCAGGCAAAAUAGUGGCUCCGAAAUGACUAUGCUUAGACAAGGUGUUCACCCUAGAGAUACAGGAAAAUCCCCAGUUCCUGCAGCAGCUGCAUCAUCUACUAUGCCUUUCAAAGAAAACCAGUUGAAACAGCUUCGAGCUCAGUGCCUUGUUUUUCUAGCAUUUAGAAAUGGUUUACCCCCAAAGAAACUACAUCUCGAUGUCGCAUUUGGAACCUUCUUUUCUAGAGAAGAUGGUUCUAAUAAAGAUCUGAAUGAACCCAAAGGAAAAUCACAGUCUUUUAAUGAACCUGGCAACACACCAGGGGUCAUAGUGCCAUUUGGAAGUUCGAGCAAUCUGAGACAGACUGAUAAAAACCCCUCAGGGUCCUCUUCUGCUGGAAAAUUUCUAGAGGCUGAGUCUUUGUCGAAGGGAACUGAGAGCCCAAGAAUGUUAGAAGAUAAAGGUAACCUUCAUUCUGACAUCCAGACACCUUCAGAAGAUAGGAAACAUCUAGCCGCAAAAAGAGAUGUUGAAAGACGAAACCAAGAAAGAAUGGCUGCACAAUCUUCUUCAGCCACUCCAUAUCAGCAGAAAGAUUCUUCAAGUACAAGGGGUAUUGUAGUUGGUAACAGUCAUUUGAAUGAUAGUGACAAUGGUAUCCUGACAGCUGGAAGGACUAACCAGCAUUCUGUUCUAGGCCCAAAUAACUGGACUGGUUCAAAUCCACAUGUCUCUCCUAUUCAACAUGAGUUGCCUAUAGAAAGAAGAGAAAACAUUCCUAGUCAGUUUCAGAAUGUUAGUAACAACUCUGGUUCCUGGAAUCACAAUUCUAUUAAUCAAUUGACUUCUUAUUCUUUAAAAGAGCACUGGAAACCUGUUCCCGGGGUUGAUAGCAAUUCCCAUGGAGUACCCGUGAUGAAGGAUGGAAAUGUAUUGGGCAAAAACGUUUCUGCAGAGCAAGGAGGGAAUGAGAGGUUAGUAUCAACUGAUUUUCCAUCUUCUAAAAGAUUUACAAUGUCAGAGAGAUGUAUUAUGGAUCGACAGAGAAAGAGGCUUCUAGUUGGCCAAAAUUGGGUGCAAAAACAGCAGAAAGCAAAGGAAAGAAUGACUAAAUGCUUUCACAAGUUAAAGGAAAAUGUGAGCUCAUGCGAAGAUAUUUCUGCUAAAACAAAAAGUGUCAUAGAGUUGAAAAAACUUCAACUAUUAGAACUCCAACGCCGACUUCGGAGUGAUUUUCUGAACGAUUUUUCCAAACCAAUUAUGAAUGAGAUGGAACAUUUGAAAUCAAUUAAGAAACAUAGGCAUGGUAGGAGAGUCAAACAACUUGAAAAGUAUGAGCAGAAAAUGAAGGAAGAGCGACAGAAACGGAUUCGUGAGAGGCAGAAGGAGUUUUUCAGUGAGAUAGAAGUUCACAAGGAAAGACUUGAUGAUGUAUUCAAAAUCAAGAGAGAACGGUGGAAGGGUUUCAAUAAAUAUGUAAAGGAGUUCCAUAAAAGAAAAGAACGUAUUCAUCGUGAGAGAAUUGAUCGAAUUCAGCGGGAGAAGAUUAAUUUGCUAAAAAUAAACGAUGUCGAAGGUUAUCUUCGAAUGGUGCAGGAUGCAAAAUCAGAUCGUGUGAAGCAACUUCUUAAAGCAACUGAAAAGUACCUUCAAAAGCUUGGGUCCAAGCUACAAGAAGCAAAGAAUGCUGCAGGACGUUUAGGGCUAGAUGUUGAUGAUGCAGGAACUACCAAUUUUCUUGAGAAUAGUGAAACUACUUUGGUUGACGAGGAUGAAAGUGAUCAGGCAAAGCAUUAUAUGGAAAGUAACGAGAAGUAUUAUAAGAUGGCCCACAGUGUAAAGGAGAGCAUAGCAGAGCAGCCAUCUAUUCUGCAUGGUGGAAAAUUAAGGGAAUAUCAAAUGAAUGGUCUGAGAUGGUUGGUUUCACUAUAUAACAAUCAUUUGAAUGGAAUCCUUGCCGAUGAAAUGGGCCUGGGUAAAACAGUUCAGGUGAUUUCUCUAAUUUGCUACCUGAUGGAAACCAAAAAUGAUAGAGGACCAUUCCUUGUUGUCGUCCCCUCUUCAGUUCUACCCGGUUGGGAGUCAGAGAUAAACUUUUGGGCUCCCAGUAUUCACAAAAUUGUCUAUGCUGGAUCGCCGGACGAGAGACGUCGGUUAUUCAAGGAAAGGAUUAUUCACCAGAAAUUCAAUGUUCUUUUGACAACAUAUGAAUAUCUGAUGAACAAACAUGAUAGACCAAAGCUAAGCAAAGUACAUUGGCACUAUAUAAUAAUUGAUGAAGGCCACCGCAUAAAGAACGCCUCUUGCAAGUUGAAUGCCGAGUUGAAACACUACCAGAGCUCUCACAGAUUGUUGUUGACUGGAACACCAUUGCAGAACAAUCUUGAAGAACUAUGGGCACUGCUUAACUUCUUGUUGCCUAACAUUUUCAAUUCGUCAGAGGACUUCUCUCAAUGGUUUAAUAAGCCAUUUGAGAGUACCGCAGAUAACUCACCCGAUGAAGCUUUACUGUCUGAGGAGGAGAAUCUCUUGAUCAUUAAUCGUCUGCACCAAGUUUUAAGACCGUUUGUACUUCGGAGGCUUAAACACAAGGUUGAAAAUCAGCUUCCUUCGAAGAUUGAGAGACUUAUUAGAUGCGAGGCUUCUUCAUAUCAAAAGCUUUUGAUGAAGAGAGUGGAAGAUAAUCUUGGUGCUAUUGGCACUUUAAAGGCUCGGUCAGUACACAACUCUGUCAUGGAGCUUCGAAAUAUAUGCAAUCAUCCAUAUCUCAGCCAGCUUCACACAGAGGAGGUAGAUAACUAUAUACCUAAGCAUUAUCUGCCACCAAUUAUUAGGCUUUGUGGGAAGCUUGAGAUGUUGGACCGUUUAUUACCUAAAUUGAAGGCUACAGAUCACCGGGUUCUUUUCUUUUCGACGAUGACUAGGCUUCUGGAUGUUAUGGAAGAAUACUUAACUUCUAAACAGUAUAGAUACCUCCGGUUGGACGGGCAUACAUCUGGAGGUGAUCGUGGUGCUCUAAUUGACCUAUUUAACAAACCUGAUUCCCCAUUUUUUAUCUUUUUACUCAGCAUUCGAGCCGGUGGUGUUGGAGUGAAUCUUCAAGCUGCUGACACAGUGAUUUUAUUUGACACUGAUUGGAAUCCCCAGGUUGAUCUGCAAGCCCAGGCAAGAGCUCAUAGAAUUGGUCAAAAGAGGGAUGUUCUUGUUCUCCGCUUUGAAACAGUACAAACUGUUGAAGAACAAGUUAGAGCUUCAGCUGAGCACAAACUUGGCGUUGCUAAUCAGAGCAUUACUGCUGGAUUUUUUGACAAUAAUACAAGUGCUGAAGAUCGAAGGGAAUACUUGGAAUCCCUUCUGCGUGAGUGUAAGAAAGAAGAAGAUGCCCCUGUUUUGGACGAUGAUGCUCUAAAUGAUGUCUUAGCCCGCAGUGAAGCAGAGUUAGACGUGUUUGAGUCUGUUGACAGAAACCGGAAGGAGCAUGAGCUGGUUACAUGGAAGAAAUUGGUGCUUGAACAUGCAACUGAUGGUUCCGAUGUUAUUCCUCCCCUUCCUUCUCGACUUGUCACUGAUGAAGACCUGAAACAGUUCAAUGAGGCAAUGAAGAUAUAUGAUGACGUGCCUAAGGGUGAGGUAGACUCUAAUGGAGUAAAACGAAAGAGAGGAGGUCUUGGGGGCCCUGAUACUCAACACUAUGGCAGGGGAAAACGUGCAAGAGAGGUACGUUCCUAUGAAGAACAAUGGACAGAAGAGGAAUUUGAGAAGAUGUGUCAAGCAGAAACAUCAGACUUACCCAUAGUAAAAGUGGAAGAGAUGAGCCAUCAAACCAAUGCUUCCAGCUCUGUUGUAUCUGCUACUAUCACACAACCUGCUGCUACUGUCCUACAGCCUGCCGAUACUGUCACAGAACCUGCUGGUACUGUCCCACAAACUGCUGCUGUGCCUCCACUGGCCCCGAUUUUGCCAUCUGUUGAGACUUUGCCGGUACAGCAUGUUAAAGAGAUAGCACCACCAGCAAAACGUGGCCGCGGACGACCAAAAAGAACUGCUCCAGUUAAGUCACCUGCGACAUUAAUCUCUACAGGAACUUCUGGAAUUGUUCAAGUAGAUAUGCAGUUACAGAAGGGAAAUAAGUCUGGACAUUUAACAUCAUCUGCUCCUGAUUCUGUUGGUCAUUCUGCUGAAGUUACAGGUGUGGGUAGACUUAUGCAGCAGUCUACCACAGGAGUGACUGCUAACGUACCUCCUGCCACUCCUCUGCCUACUAUUCCACCCAAUUCUCUGUCGACUGUAACACCUCCACCCACUAAUAUUGAAUCUAUGCACCAGUCUAAUACAGAAGUGGCUGCUAACGCACUGCCUGCCAUUCCUUUGCCUUCUCAGUCAGCUGCUGCUUCUGUUUCUGUACCUAUUCAAGCAAAAGGACACGGGCAGAAAACUCAGAGCGGCCGUGAAUUGCCUAGACGUAGAGGGAAGAAGCAGGUUAUGAUGUCACCUCCUGUGCCUGAUGGUUCUGUUGGUCCUGAUGUCAAGGUCAACGAGCAAUUAGAAGAUAAAUUAGUGAGUCCUUCUUCAGGUCAGGGUAUUCCCCAGAGUGAAACUGUUCCUAGUGUUGCUGUUGUACACCCUCCAACUGCCAUUUCAGGUUCCGUUUCAAACAGUGAAAACAAUAAUUUGGGUGCUGGGGUUGUUUUGAAUUCACAGCUACCGCUUCCUUUGCCCUCUGUUACUACUAUGGCUCAAACUGCUCCCAGUUAUCCAUCUGUACAGAUGCAAAGUAAAGGGCAAAUUGGAAAGUCACAAACUGGGGCUGGAACUUCUCGGCGCAGGGGAAAGAAACAGGCAACAAUGUCAUCUCCUGUUCCAGUUGUUUUAGGUCUUCUGGGCAGGGAUCCAACUUCUAAUUUACCGACUUCAUCUGGCGUUGUAUCAGGCGAUAAAGCCAGUGAAGUACAAAACCUGCAGGAGAACAAUGUUCAAGAAUCAAAAUGUAUCAUCCAAGAUCAAGCAUCACAGAGUAAUCAGGAUUUAAAAUCAUUGGAAGGAUCAGAUGAUUUAGCCAAGCAGGCAGAGAUCCUGCCUUCAUGUAAAGAUAGUACAGUCAAUUCUCCAGGGCAAGAUUUAGAGAAGGUUAAGAAUGCUGAUGUUCACGAGUCAUCUGUGAAGAUUAAAUCUUCUGAAAUUAACCCUUCUAAAGUUGAAGUUGGCACUAAUUCAGGGAAUGAAAAUUUAUUUGUCACAUCAUUGCCUAUUACUGAGAUUACAAAAGAUCAAUAUUCAGAUAACAAAGCUCCUCAAACAGAUGUAGGUUUAACAACUUCCCCUUUGGUUGUCGACCCUCUGACCAAUUCCUCGACUGGUAGUGCAACUACAGAAAGCAUUAGUCAAUCUGUAGAUCCUGUGGCUGCAAAGAUUGUUCCCAGUACAUUAAGCACUGUUUUUCCUUCGGCACCAGGCUCUGAAUCCAAUCCAAGCACACAUGAAUCUGUGUCAGUCAAAAGGCAAGGUCGUAAAACUCAAAACAGACUGGAGCCACCACGGCGUCGGGGAAAAAAAGCAACUCCAGUUUUACCCGUUGCUCCUGAUGCUCUUAUUGGCCAAGAUCCUAAAUUAAGUCAUCAUGCUCAGAUUUCACCAGUGAAUUCAUUGGUGGGUACAGCCACUUCAAAUGUUACUCAAGCUCAGGCAUUUGAGAUUCUUUUGCCUGGUGGAGUAGCUAAUAAUUCCAAGAGAAAAGAGAGAACCACCAAUCCUGCCCAAAAUAAGCAACAGAAAGUUACAUCAACAAGGAUUGACAGUGCACCUGUUUCCUCAGAUAAGAUUGCCGCUUUAGGCCGAAUGCAAAACGUCAAUGAUGUUGCAAGGGUAAUGAAGGAAGUUUUCUCUGGAACUUGUUUGUCAAAGCCUAAAGCUGCUGCGGAUGCCUUUGGUAGCCAGAGUGUGGAGGAUAAAGCAUGCUCUGCUACUGGUAGUGUUGAAGUACAUGUUCAUGAAAAACAAUCAGAAGUGGCAUCCGGUAUGCAGAAUCCGGAAGAAAACCCAAGUUUAGAUACGCCAGCUACCGGAGCACCGAGCCUGACACCAACCAUGCCAGUGAGUCGGAAUAAACAACAACCUGGCAUUGCAUCUGAUGAAAAAAUAAUUCUGGAGAACACGGCUCUGUCGACUGUCAGUAAGCCUGAAACUAUUUGUUAUGGUGAAGCUAAAGAAAAGGCUGAUCAGACACAACAUUAUACUGAACACUCAACUUCUAAGAGUGAAAUGGAGGCUCUUGAUAUAACUCCUCUUAAUAAUGACCGAAAGGUUGAUGGCUCUUCUGAGAAACCUCCUACUGGUUGUGGCUCUACUGAUGUUGAACGUCCUUUUGUGAAUGAUCAUAAUCUUGAAAGCCAAUCUGACUCUAUAGAGAAGUGUUCAAGGUCUUCCCCUAUUGAUAUUGAUGGCCAAGGAUGCCCAACAAUUCCAUUGGCACCUGAAAUUUGUAGUAAUAACCCCGAGUCUAGUCAGGCUGAUAUCUGCAUUCAGAGUCAUUCAUCCGCAAACAAAGCUCUUGAUAUUACAGAGAACACUUCAAAUGAAAAAUUGGAGCAUUCUAAGCCAUCUUCAUCUCUUGCUUGUGCUGGUCAGGUUGAAAUUUCUAGUGAUCAACCAAAAGUGACAUCUGCUGACCAUGAUAGAAAUAAUACCGCGCCACUGAAUUUGAGCUUGGAUCCUGCAUCACCUUCUGAACCAUCUUCAAAAGCAUUAGAACCCUCCAUGAAACAGAGUUCAGUGUCAGCUUCUGAAAAGGAAGGUCCUGUAAGCCCCAACGCCGUUCAAACUCAGAAGCAUCCAGAUACAUUAGAACCCGUUGAUCUGCGUGAGACUUCUGAGGUUGAGAGCUUUUCAGAGUCACCCUCCCAGGAAAGAAGGGAUAUAGGUGAUUCCUCAAGUGAAACUAUUGUGACCAAUAUAGUGGGUGUUUCUGGGAUUGAUAGUCUCGGGGGAGGAACUACGUCUGAAACUGCAAUUCUGCCCCCAUCAACCUUGGUAAAAGAGAAAAAUAAGGUCACGGUCCCUCUGUCAACGGAGAAGGCCGUGGCUAACUGCUCUGGAGUCCAGGAGGAAGCAAAAAUUGAUAAAGUGGAAAGUGAUGAUCAAAUGGAUUCAUCCACAACUUCACUGGAUGAAUUGAAAGAUUCUAAAAUUGUGCGGGGUGAUAACUUUGAGGUUGGUGAUUAUACAUUGAAAAGUUCAUCUAACUUAAUUGCGAUGUCUGCGUCCCAAAAUGACAUGGAGGGAUCUAAUACCGAUCAGAGUAAUUGUUCUGAUAGGUUGCAAUCUAGCCAUCUUAUGCCAGAUAGCCGAGACUUGAAAAUCAAUAAAAUGACUGAAGAUUGCCCAGUGACCAUCGGUCAAAUAGAUGCUACUCAGGUUUCUGAACCCGAGGAUGAUCCAAAAAGGCUUACUUCUGAAAACAUGCCUUCUUGCGUGCUGGUGAAGGAAGAUAAUGUUGAUGUUCAAGACGAACAAAGAGAUCCUUUGAUUCCAGAGGGCAGUUCAAGGGAUGGCACCGAGGAUUCCAUUGUAAAUCCUUUACGACAAGAAAAAUCAGCGUGUUCUGAAGCUGAGAUGGUUGAUCUUGGAUUGACAUCCAAAACCAUGGGAUUACCUUUGUCGGCAAUGGAGGAAGAUGAAGUUGACGUAUCAUCUGAAAGGGAUAUCCUCCGCAACCCACUUGCUGCUACAAAACCAGAAGAUAAUCAAAUGGAUGAUAAAAAGGAAUCAAAGCUUUUAGAAGCUGAGGUUGGUACAUCUACAGUUAUUCCUGGAAGCUGUACUACUGAGAUUGCAAAUGUAUUGCAAGUCCCAAAUUCCUCAUCAUCGGUUGAAAAAGAGGAAGGCUUAUCUGAGAAAGAUACAGAUGGAAGCACAGCUAGAAUGCAGGCUGCUGUAGGAGAUGGAAUUGAAUCAAAUGACAACUCUGAAGCUAACGAGACUAAACAGAAAGAUCAAGUCGAGCAAGAAGAAAAUGCACAGAAAGACUGA